AUGUCCGCGAGCAAGAAGCCGUCCAUUCUUAUUACAGGCUGCUCGGAAGGUGGAGCUGGAAAUGCGCUGGCAUUAGAAUUUGCGUCGAGAGGUUUACGAGUCUUUGCAACUGCUCGCUCUGUUGAAUCGAUGAGCAAUCUGUCAGAAAAUGGAAUCGAAACUCUAGCCCUGGAUGUUACCGUGUCGGAGAGUAUUACAGCCCUAAAGAACGAAAUUUCCAAACGUACUGGUGGUACUCUAGACUAUCUAUACAAUAAUGCUGGAUCUAUGUACGAGGCUCCGGCAUUAGAAGCUGAUCCCGAAAAAGUCCGAAGAAUGUUCGACACCAACGUAUUCGGUCUAUUUGACGUCGUCACAGCGUUCACACCUCUCCUCAUUGCAGCUGCCCACAAUUCCAACUCCACUCCCACAAUCGUCAACGUCGCUUCAAUACUCGCCCGACUCCCUUUUCCGUUCGCAUCUGCAUACAACGCAACCAAGGCCGCCGUGUCAGCAUACUCUGAUACACUACGAUUAGAACUCAGCCCUUUUGGAAUUCGAGUUGUCACACUCUUCAUGGGCGAAGUCUCAACCAAUCUUCGCUCUGCAGAUAACGUCAACUUUGGGCCUCAGAGUCUCUACGCUGACGUGGAGAGCAAGGUCAAGGAGAGGACGGAUCACAGCGCUAAAUCUUCUAUCACACCUGAUGUGUUUGCCAAGCAGGUUGUUGCCAAGGUUCUAGGUGACAAUAGUGUUAGCUAUAUCUGGAAGGGAACAAACGCUUUCAUCGUGUGGUUGCUCAAUGCCAUAGGACCUCGGAAGGUGUUCGAUUCUACCAUGACGGGACCUGCUGGGCUUAGUGACAAGGGUCUUGUGAAAAAGAUUCGCGAUCGUGGGCAGCAAUAUUUCAAGGAGGGAUGA